AUGUCGGCCGCCCCGGCCUACAACGAAGACAAAGGCGGCUCUGCCGGCCCCGGGGAGCCCGAGUAUGGCCACGACCCGGCGAGCGGCGGCAUUUUCUCCUCCGACUACAAGCGGCACGAUGACCUGAAGGCGAUGCUGGACACCAACAAGGAUUCACUCAAGCUGGAGGCCAUGAAGAGAAUUGUGGCGAUGAUUGCCCGGGGAAAGAACGCCUCAGACCUGUUCCCCGCCGUGGUGAAGAACGUGGCCUGUAAGAACAUAGAGGUGAAGAAGCUUGUCUACGUGUACCUGGUGCGCUACGCUGAGGAGCAGCAAGACCUAGCCCUGCUGUCUAUCUCCACCUUCCAGCGUGGCCUGAAGGACCCCAACCAGCUGAUUCGCGCCAGUGCCCUCCGCGUCCUGUCUAGCAUCCGUGUGCCCAUCAUCGUGCCCAUCAUGAUGCUGGCCAUCAAGGAAGCUGCCUCAGAUAUGUCUCCCUAUGUGCGGAAAACAGCUGCCCACGCCAUCCCUAAGCUAUACAGUUUGGAUUCUGACCAGAAGGACCAGCUGAUAGAGGUCAUCGAGAAGCUUCUGGCUGACAAGACCACGCUGGUGGCGGGCAGCGUGGUGAUGGCCUUCGAGGAGGUGUGCCCCGAGCGCAUCGACCUGAUCCACAAGAACUACCGGAAGCUCUGUAACCUGCUUAUCGACGUGGAGGAGUGGGGCCAGGUGGUCAUCAUCAGCAUGCUCACCCGCUAUGCCCGCACGCAGUUCCUCAGCCCCACCCAGAACGAAUCUCUGCUGGAGGAGAACUCUGAGAAAGCCUUCUAUGGCUCCGAGGAGGAUGAGGCCAAGGGCCCGGGGUCUGAGGAGGCAGCCUCCACGGCGCUGCCCACCCGGAAGCCCUACGUCAUGGACCCCGACCACCGGCUGCUGCUGCGCAACACGAAGCCGCUCCUGCAGAGCCGCAGCGCCGCGGUGGUCAUGGCCGUGGCGCAGCUUUACUUCCACCUGGCUCCCAAGGCAGAGGUGGGCGUCAUCGCCAAGGCCCUCGUGCGCCUGCUGAGGAGCCACAGUGAAGUGCAGUACGUGGUGCUCCAGAACGUGGCCACCAUGUCCAUCAAGCGCCGGGGUAUGUUUGAGCCGUACCUGAAGAGCUUCUACAUCAGGUCCACUGACCCCACCCAGAUCAAGAUCCUGAAGCUGGAAGUGUUGACUAACCUCGCCAAUGAGACCAACAUUCCUACUGUCCUCCGGGAAUUCCAGACCUACAUUCGCAGCAUGGACAAGGACUUUGUGGCAGCCACCAUCCAGGCCAUUGGGCGCUGCGCGACUAACAUAGGCCGAGUCCGCGACACCUGCCUCAACGGCUUGGUGCAGCUGCUGUCCAACCGUGAUGAGCUUGUGGUUGCAGAGUCAGUGGUGGUCAUCAAGAAGCUGCUGCAGAUGCAGCCAGCCCAGCAUGGGGAGAUCAUCAAACACUUGGCGAAGCUCACAGACAACAUCCAGGUGCCCAUGGCCCGAGCCAGCAUCCUGUGGCUCAUCGGCGAGUACUGUGAGCACGUCCCCAGGAUCGCACCAGACGUCCUGAGAAAGAUGGCCAAAUCCUUCACUGCCGAGGAGGACAUUGUCAAGCUGCAGGUCAUCAACCUGGCAGCCAAGCUCUACCUGACCAACUCAAAGCAGACCAAGCUGCUGACCCAGUACGUGCUGAGCCUGGCCAAGUAUGACCAGAACUACGACAUCCGUGACCGAGCGCGCUUCACCCGGCAGCUCAUUGUCCCUUCGGAGCAGGGCGGGGCUCUCAGCCGCCAUGCCAAGAAGCUCUUCCUGGCACCCAAACCAGCUCCAGUCUUGGAGUCGUCCUUCAAAGACCGGGACCACUUCCAGCUGGGCUCCCUGUCCCACCUGCUCAACGCCAAGGCCACGGGCUACCAGGAGCUGCCAGACUGGCCAGAGGAAGCCCCGGACCCAUCUGUGCGCAAUGUGGAGGAAGAAGACCUCUCCCUUAUGGAGACCCACGUGGGCCUGUUGGGCGAGUACAAACAGGUACCUGAAUGGACCAAGUGCUCCAAUAGGGAGAAGAGGAAGGAGAAGGAGAAACCCUUCUACUCGGACUCAGAGGGAGAGUCAGGCCCCACAGAGUCUGCAGACAGCGACCCCGAGUCCGAGAGUGAAUCGGAAAGUAAGAGCAGCAGUGAAAGCGGCUCCGGGGAGUCCAGCAGCGAGUCUGACAACGAAGACCAGGAAGAGGACGAGGAGAAAGGGAGGAGCAGUGAGAGUGAACAGAGUGAGGAGGAAGGUAAGAAGAAGAAAAUGAAGAAGAGGAAGAAGGUGCCAGAAGGGCAAGAAGGCGGCUCAUCCUCAGAUGAGGGUAGCGAUUCCAGCAGCAGCUCCUCAGAGUCUGAGAUGACAUCAGAGACCGAGGAGGAGCAGGUGGAACCUGCCUCCUGGAGGAAAAAAACACCUCCCAGUAGCAAAAGUGCCCCUGCAGCCAAGGAGGUCUCCCUGCUUGACCUAGAGGACUUCACCCCGCCCAGCGUCCAGCCUGUGUCCCCACCCACAGUCGUGUCCACCAGCGUGGCUGCUGACCUGGAGGGUCUGACACUCACAGACUCCCCCCUGGUGCCCUCGCUGCUGAGUCCCGUGUCAGGAGCUGGGAGACAGGAGCUGCUGCACCGCGUGGCUGGCGAGGGGCUGGCUGUGGACUACACCUUCAGCCGCCAGCCUUUCUCCGGGGACCCCCACAUGGUGUCUGUGCACAUCCACUUCUCCAACAGCUCAGACACCCCCAUCAAGGGCCUGCACGUGGGCACCCCCAAACUGCCUCCCGGCAUCAGCAUCCAGGAGUUCCCUGAAAUCGAGUCCCUGGCACCUGGAGAGUCUACCACUGUUGUCAUGGGCAUUAAUUUCUGUGACUCAACCCAGGCGGCCAACUUCCAGCUAUGCACCCAAACCCGACAGUUCUACGUCUCCAUUCAGCCACCCGUUGGGGAGCUGAUGGCCCCUGUGUUCCUGAGUGAGAAUGAGUUCAAGAAGGAACAGGCAAAGCUGACGGGCAUGAACGAGAUCACAGAGAAGCUCACGCUGCCAGACACCUGUCGGAGUGACCACAUUGUGGUGCAGAAAGUGACGGCCACAGCCAACCUGGGUCGUGUCCCUUGUGGGACAUCUGACGAGUACAGGUUUGCAGGGAGGACGCUGACCAGUGGGAGCCUGGUCCUGCUGACUCUGGACGCCCGGCCCACCGGAGCUGCCCAGCUGACGGUCAACAGCGAGAAGAUGGUGAUUGGCACCAUGCUGGUGAAGGACGUGGUGCAGGCCCUGACCCAGUGA